UGACAGGUAAAAUGGACAUCAAAGUAUCCGUUGGUUAUGUUUUUUGUGUUUUACAUUUUAGUAUUUACGAUUUUUCAAGUUUCCCACAUAAAUAGCUUUUCAGUUAAAAGAGAAAUUAACCAGAAUGAGAAAAGUCUGACAGGAAAUGAAAAAUCUUUCAAUGUGGGGGGUGUUGGACUUAACAAUGGAUCUAACUCUUCUCAUCAACUUUUUCAUAUAUUACACAAUCUUACCCAAACAAAAAGUCCAAAUUUAAAAUAUCACGUAUUUGACAAAAUGCUGUCGGAUGAAUUACUGUCUAUCAAACAACACAUUUACGAGAAAGAUGGACGCUACCUAUCAGAUCGCACUGUCUCCAAAAGUAACGUACCCACUCCAACUUUAGAAAUUAAACAAAAAUGGCCGGUUAUAGAAUUUUUGUCCAACAUGAAUAAAAUUAAAGAAACUGAUCAGUAUGUGAAGCAGAGAAACAAUGUGGAUAAUCAGCUUAAACCAGACUAUACUGAAACAAAGGAGCGCAGUACUAUUGCAAUAUCGACGUAUAUAGAGAAGAAAAAUCUAUCGAAUGCAGAACAAAUCAAGGAAAACGACGUUAGGCAGAAACUUUUUGUACAGAAAAUUAAAGGAAGAAAAUCUUUACCAAAAGUGAUUGGUCUUAGAAGUCUGUAUCAAAACACAGAUGAACACCAGUUGACAAAUAACAGACGAUGUUCUUGUGACAGUAAAAACUCUGCAACAUGUGAACCUCAGCACGCUGGUUCUUCUACGCAUAAGUGUACUCGUUGUACUCAUGGAGUGGAAUCGUCAUGUGACUCCGCUUGUUCUCAGACAACAACACCAUGCCCCUUAACGACAUGCAGUCAUACGUCAGCAUGCGCGACCAUGCCUUCUAGUACUCUAGGCGACAGCUGCGGUAAAUGCACCAGACUUCCUUGCACUUCGACAGGAUGCUCUACGCGAGUGUCAUAUACCGCGUUCCCAUUCUACAUGCCUUUUCAAUAUCCUAUGCAGACUGCCAAUCCUGUUGCCUAUUAUUUUACAACUCAAUUAGAAGAUUAUGGGUUCACAAGGGAACCGAAACAUCGUUCUACAAAACGCCGUAAAGUUGACUAUUACUACUACGAUGACAAUAGUAAGGAAGACGAUUAUUUAGAAUAUAGUAUUAAGAAAGACACUAGACCUCCUAUAAAAGGAAGCUGUCGAGACAUUGUUUUAAAAGUGGACUAUACCGACAAAGUACAACAUAGACCUAAUGAAUUAUGUGACGGCGUAUAUGAUGUCAAUAAAAAUAAAUUCCUUAAUGAAAUUGUACAAGAUCUAAAAAUGUAUUAUCCGGAAGCUGUUGUAAAAGAUUGUUAUUGUAAGUCUUCAUCAGUUCAGUCCAUACCUUCUUUCUAUUUAAUUAUAAUUGUUUUCUUUUUUACAUUUUCCUUUUUUUAAAUAUACCAAUUUUGUGAAAAUAAAAGCAUG